CUUGUGUUUAAAAAGUGGACCCUCCUAGCAGCCAAUCAUAGAGCCCAGAGUGCAGAGACACACUCACAUGAGAUAGUGCCGCUGCACCAAGCACUUUGUCUGUCCAAGAUGCUCCUCUUGCUGGCUCUAGCCACCGUCCUCUCGGCAGGCUCCUCGAGGGAACUAAACGGGACCUCCAAGCUGCCGGCAGACAGCACGGAGCAGUGCUCGGCGUGCGAGUUUAGGGAACACAGCAAGCAGAUGAGACUUUACAGCAUCAAGUCCCAGAUCCUCAGCAUCCUGCGGCUGGAGCAGGCGCCCAACAUCAGCAGGGACAUGAUCCAGCAGCUGCUGCCUAAAGCGCCACCUCUGACGCAGCUCCUGGACCAGUACGACCCGCGGGUGGAGGAAGAGGACCACGCCACCACAGAAACAAUCAUUACCAUGGCAACCAAGUCAGACGCCACGGGUAGGUUGUCUUAUUGCCUGUUCAGUCUCAGUCCGAAGAUCCAUCCCGAGAACAUCCUGAGCGCUCAGCUGUGGGUUCACCUGCGGCCGGUGGACAUGGUCACCACCGUCUUCCUGCAGAUCUCGCGCCUCAAGGCCGACAAGGAGGGAAACAAUACCCGGGUCAGAGUGCGCUCUUUGAAGGUCGACACCGACGCCGGUGCCGGUUCCUGGCAGAGCAUGGACAUUAAGUCUCUGCUUCAAGCGUGGCUGCGUCAACCGGAGAGCAACUACGGCAUUGACAUCAACGCUUUUAACCCCCAGGGAGAAGACCUGGCAGUCACGUCCGCAGAACCUGGAGAGGAAGGCCUGCAACCGUUCAUCGAGGUGAAGAUCCUGGACAGUCCAAAGAGGUCCCGGCGCGACUCGGGCCUAAACUGCAACGAAGAGUCCGCCGAGACGCGCUGUUGUCGUUAUCCGCUCACCGUGGACUUUGAGGAGUUCGGCUGGGACUGGAUCAUCGCACCGAAGCGUUAUCGAGCCAACUACUGCUCAGGGGAGUGCGAGUUCCUGCACCUGCAGCAGUACCCGCACGCACACCUGGUGAACAAGGCCAACCCGCGGGGCACGGCCGGGCCCUGCUGCACGCCCACCAAGAUGUCGCCCAUCAACAUGCUCUACUUCAACCGCAAGGAGCAGAUCAUUUACGGAAAGAUCCCCUCCAUGGUGGUGGACCACUGCGGCUGCUCCUGAUGUGCACACUCCAUGCAACACUUAGACACGCUUGUGGAUUUGUAGGCUUUUAAAAAUCCAACUUUGUGCAGCGACACAGUAUUUGUUUUAGUGCAUUUGGAUUGACACGUGACCGCGACUGCGACUGCGAGCUCCGCCACGCCGGGAUGGACCCCCGCCGCUUCCGAUCUCUUCUGAUUUGAGCUUUGGCCAAAAGAAAGUCUGCAUGAUGUCCAACAUGUGCUUUUUAUUUGAAAAACAACAAACUGAAUGCCCUUUCAUUCCCUGCGCAUGUUUACAAAGCCCUUGCUGGGAAUCACACACCAUUCAUUUAUCAGGACAUCCAGGGGGUGGUGUGCCGUUUACAAGAGGAGAUCUGCAAGGAAACAAGUUCCUCCGUACAAUGACAGUUUCUAACAUAAGCAUUUUUUUGGGCUUCUCAAUAUAUGCCAACCACCCAGAAGGAACAAUAUAAAAGACAUAGGUAGACAUAUAUAUACAGUAAAGUACAUGAGCUACACCCGAAAACAUAUUCAUCAAACUAUUUGCAAUAAAACAAACAGAAAGUAGAAUAAACAUUGGACAAAACGGAAAUCAAACAUACAGUAGAAUAAAUAGAGUAUAUGUACAGUGGGGACAGAAAGUAUAAAUGGAGUUGCAGUUGCAGCUGUGACAAUAUAAUCCCUCUCUUGCAGUUGGAGGGCAAUCAAAGGCAAAAAAAAUGCCUGUCCGCAGUUUCAAUACAAACUAAAGCUGUUUGUUUUCUCAAGAAUUAAAGAGGAGUAGCGUCUAGUGAAGACAUGUCCAAACUUUUCUCCAAAAUACAAUUGUGAUAUUUAUUUUUACAGGCCAAAACCAAACUAUGUGGACGUUGCUUACAGUCCCCAUCAAAAGUGUGCAUACUCUUGUCAUGGAUGUCUUCACUUUACAAUCAUUUCCUAUUUUUUGGUGAUUGGAGCACAUACUCGUUGGUCACAAAAAAACUUUCAUGAAGUUUGCUUCUUGUAUGAA